AUGCCCAAUGAACACAAUGCGACGACAAUAUCCACGAGCUCACCGCUUCAAACUACGAUUGGAGGCUUACAAGAAAGCGGCCCACCCUUGGAGGGCGCUUCGGCCGUCAAGAAUGAGCAGUUGAUGGAGAUCUGUGACGUAGUGAUCUCAGAAGACACAUUGUUCGAUUCACAACUUGUGCAACGCUUGGCAUAUGCUUCGUUGGAGCAAGUUCUCUUUUUUACGAAUCAGAUUCCUCUCCCGAUCGCUAAACUCGCCAGCCUGCGUGACGAGAAUCAGAAGGCGUCCAGAAAACGAGACGAACUUCUCAAAGCACUAGGACGACUCAAAGAAGAUAUAAACAUGGUGGUCAAACGCGCAGCGGAGAGCGACGUAUCACUCUCACCUGCUGGCCAGUUUCGUAUGGCGAUCGUGCUCGGGAGUCUGAGCAUCCCAAAACGUGUCAUAUUAUUCGAUACCGCUUUCCCAGGAAACUCCGACGUCAAGCAACCUGGGCCUGCUUCUGAUACCAGGGACGCCUGCGCAUCAAGUCCAGUCAGUUGGACAAUAAACAAUCCUGCGACAGCGGGGUCGGAUUUAGAUCACACAGAGUCUCAGUCUUUUCCACCCGACAGCGACGACGAAUCGUCUAUUGACGAGCAUCCUCAAAUUGAAACCUCUCAGACCUCUCAACGGGCAGAAAUGCUAAGCCAGAAAGCUCCUCCUCGCUCUUUCACGCCCUUCAGUGAUGAUCAAACACUCCUUAAACCCUCAGGGCAAAUAACCGUAUCCACCUCUGGGCACUUUCGUCAACCCACAGUACCACCAUCGCCGUUCGCCAACGAGAAUGCACGCUCAAAUGAUGCGAUACAGAAGCAGCACGCGUCUGCUUUGAGGUCACUCAUCGUCGGAAUAGGGAAUAUGAAUACAUUCGUCGAAGAGGCUGAUGCUAGUAAAAUACACAUCUACGUGCAAGCGGCUCGGGGUCUCGAACAUCCUGCUUGGCUCCCGCGACCCGCCGCCAAUAAACCCUUUGAAUUACUUGUAUCUGCAGUGGAGCACACUGUAUGCGAGGCGGAUUGUGGUCAUGGUACAAUACUCAAGUCGAAGCUGUCCAAAAUGGCUGCGUGCGCCAUCGUUGUGCGACCGAGUAGGACACGACGGGACGACAUGUCGAGCACUUUCCAGAAUAGCCAACACCUUUGGUUCGAAUGGGAUGGCAAGCUCCACGGUUUAGACUAG